AUGGAUCUUGAGGUCCAAAUUGAUCAAUUCAACUCCUCAGCUCUCACCAACUCCACCGAGUGCCCGUCCAUCGAUGAUUUCAGGAACCAGGUGUACUCCACGGUCUACUCCCUCAUCACCGUGUUUGCCUUUCUCGCCAACGGUUUGGCGCUGAUCAUUUUGACCCGGACUUAUCAGAAGAGCUCUCCGUUCCACAUCUACAUGCUGAACCUGGCUGUGUCGGACAUCCUCUGUGUCUGCACCCUGCCUUUACGCAUAUCGUACUACGUCAACAAAGGCCAGUGGAAUUACGGAGACUUUCUUUGUCGAUUCAGCUCCUACUCCCUGUACGUCAACCUCUACUGCAGCAUCUACUUCAUGGCCGUGAUGUCGGUGACACGAUUCUUGGCCAUAGUCUUCCCGGUGAAGAAUAUUAGCUGGGUUACGGUUAAGCGAUGCCGUCUGGUUUGUUUCGCUGUGUGGGUUUUGAUUUGCCUCUUGUCCAUUCCUUUCCUCAUGUCCGGCGAGAAGUUCGAUUCCUUAACCAACAAAACCAAAUGCUUUGAACCUCCAAUUAAGGUGAAAAACAUCGCCAGUCUUGUUAGGUUAAAUUACCUCUCCCUCGCCGUAGGCUUCCUGUUACCAUUUCUGGCCAUUUUAAUUUGCUACGUUGUUUGCUUCACGCCGUACCACGUCCAGCGCACAAUCCACCUGCACUUCCUGGCCCGGACCAACGCUUCCUGCGAGGAGAAGGUGGCCAUGCAGAAGUAUGUGGUGGUCACGCUGUGUCUGGCUGCGUCCAACUCCUGCUUCGACCCCAUGCUCUACUUCUUUUCGGGAGAGGGCUUCAAGAGUCGGAUAACGUCUUUCAAGCAAUCUUUCAAGAGCAAAAGGCACAAGGAGCAACAGUCCACAGACCAGAAGGAGCAACAGUCCACAGACCAGAAGGAGCAACAGUCCACAGACCAGGAGGAGAUACAGUCCACAGACCAGGAGGAGCAACAGUCCACAGACCAGAAGGAGCAACAGUCCACAGACCAGAAGGAGCAACAGUUCACAGACCAGGAGGAGAUACAGUCCACAGACCAGAAGGAGCAACAGUCCACAGACCAGAAGGAGCAACAGUCCACAGACCAGAAGGAGCAACAGUCCACAGACCAGGAGGAGCAACAGUCCACAGACCAGAAGGAGCAACAGUUCACAGACCAGAAGGAGCAACAGUCCACAGACCUCUCUAAUUGUCCAACUAUUCACACCAAAGUAGCAUCCUUAUUCAUACUGUACAGGUCAUAA